CUGCCUGCUUUCUCCAGCCCGGACCCCCCUGAAAUAUGUUCAGGGGCGCUUGGAUGUGGCCCGGGAAAGACGCCGCCGCGCUGACUAUCUGCUGCUGCUGCUGCUGCUGGGCUCCCAGGCCGAGCGACAAACCUUGCGCCGACUCCGAGCGGGCGCAGCGAUGGCGACUGUCCCUGGCGUCCCUGCUCUUCUUCACCGUGCUGCUCGCUGACCAUCUGUGGCUGUGCGCGGGGGCCCGGCCCCGGGCCAGGGAGCUGAGCAGCGCCAUGCGGCCGCCCUGGGGGACCGACCGUGAGCGGCAGCCGGUGCCUCCUCGUGCGGUGCUGCCACUGCCGCCGCCCGGUGAGCCCAGCGCGCCCCCGGGCACUUGCGGCCCCCGAUACAGCAACCUGACCAAAGCCGCCCCCGCCGCCGGUCCCGGGCCGGACUGCGGCGGCGUCCCAGAGCCCACGGGGCUGGCCGCAGCUUGCACCAAAUUGCAAUCUCUGCAGAGACUUUUCGAACCGACUACCCCAGCCCCGCCUCUGCGGCCCCCUGACUCCCCUUCCCGUGCCCCGGCCAAGUUCCCCGCCGCCAAAAAAAACUUGCUCAAAGGCCACUUUCGGAACUUCACUCUCUCCUUUUGCGACACCUACACGGUCUGGGACUUGCUGCUGGGCAUGGACCGCCCCGACAGCCUGGACUGCAGCCUGGACACCCUGCUGGGGGACCUGCUGGCCGUGGUGGCCAGCCCGGGCUCCGGGGCCUGGGAGGUGUGUAGCAACUGUAUCGAGGCGUACCAGCGGCUCGACCGACAUGCUCAGGAAAAAUAUGACGAGUUCGACCUCGUGCUGCAUAAAUACUUGCAGGCAGAAGAGUACUCAAUCCGGUCCUGCACGAAAGGCUGUAAGGCUGUCUACAAGGCCUGGCUGUGCUCAGAAUACUUCAGCGUGACCCAGCAGGAAUGCCAGCGCUGGGUGCCCUGCAAGCAGUACUGCCUGGAGGUGCAGACCCGGUGCCCCUUUAUACUCCCCGACAAUGAGGAAAUGGUGUACGGAGGGCUCCCUGGCUUUAUCUGUACAGGGUUGCUGGAUACUUCACCAAAGCGGCCGGAGAGCAAGUGCUGUGAUGUGCAGUGGGUCUCCUGUGAGUCGGAGAAGAAGAAGUUCAAGGAGUCUGAGGUCCCCAAAACCCACCACCAGCAAUUCCACCACUCCUAUUUCCACCACUACCACCAACAGCACCGCCACUACCACCCCCGCCAUGACCCCCCAGGCCACAUCAGCCACAAGCCCUCCCUGCUGCCUGUCUCUGGGGGCUCUCGCCUCAGCCUCAGCCCCAGCAGGAUCCGGCUCUAUGUCCUUGUUCUCAUGCUCCUCCAUACCAUGGUGUCCUUCUCCAGCAACCAGAGUGGUGGGGGACUGGGGCUGGAGGCACUGCCUGCCCUAGAUGAGGGCCUGACUCGGGAAGAGUGACAGCAGGGAGGGAGGACAGACCUCCGCCACACACUAACAUCAGCUCCACCUCCCCCAGGGGGAGGGGAAGGGGGCUCCUCCCAUGGGAGAUAUAAGACUGGGGAGGGGGCGGGGGGAAAUGGGGGACUACACAUAGUCCCCAACCAACCCCCACCCCAAAAGCAGCUCCAACAGAACGGCCAGAGGGCCCCAGGGAGCUGCAAAACUCAUCCAGGAGAAAAGACAGGAGCAGCAGGCACCCCCUCCUAGGCCCCCACCUAUGGGGCUUAGCAAACAAAAAGGGGGAGAGUGGGGGCUGGCAUUGCCCACCCCUGCUGAGAGCCUUGACCCAGGGAAGGAGGCUGCUCACCCAGCCUUGGCCCUGCAGGGAAUGUUGGAGGGCCCAGAGGGGAGAAGCUCUUUCCCCCCUCCCCAUUCCUUUUGUUGCCAAGAUCCUUAAUUCCCUUCUGCCCAUACCCUACAGGCAACGGCAGAUGGUGCAGUGGCCCUCCUCCAGCGCACCUUGGCCCACGUGGGGCCACCACAGGGAAAUGCCAGGCUGGCAGAUGAGGUGCGCACAGUCACAGCUGCAUCGGGACCCCAGUUAAACUGUGCUCCACCACCCUCAGCAAUGAGGGGUAGGAACAGGGUGCAGAAUUGCAGAAUGAGUGGUGAGAGAUGGAGAUAGGGACGAGGGAGAGGAGAAUUGUAAGCAGAGGGCUUGAGAGAGAUAGCUAAAUGGGUUAUUGCUACUAGGCUUUGGGGAAGUGGAUAAUCAGUGUUGAGGCAGGCUCAAAUACAGCUCCCCAAAUUAAAAAUGUGUUGUAUAAGGAGCCCUCUGGGAAAGAGUGCAGGAACUGGGUUGCUGGGCCCCGAAACAGAAGGCUGAGGGCACGUGGUCAGACUGCUGCUGUCUGAAGGGCCAUAUCUUACAGAAGGUGCACAUACUCCCAAGGGCCACUCUUGCCCUGGAGAUCUUGGCCUUGGGGCCAAAGACAUUUCCAUUUCUGAUCUCCAUGGGGAGGAGGGACUUAAGCCCAAGUGGGUCAGGCCUGGCCUGUGUCCCCAUACUCCCCCAUCUUGUCCUAGCCCAGGCCUCCAUGAAGGAGAACCUGGUGGCAUUGCCCCAGGACUUUCCAGAGAUGAGCCUCCCUCAUCCCCACCCUGUCCCCAUCCCCAGCCUACCAAAGAGUAUUCAUCCCGUCCCAUCCCUGAUCCCAUGGAUUACUCUCCCAAUAGUGGAACAAUCAGACUCCUCCUCACCCUGUAGUGGGUCCCCUAAUCCAGCCACCCUUGCCCCUUGCUGGAGAACAUCCAGAAACUGGCAAAAAGGUUAGAGGGUUGAGCGAGAGAAGGGGCUUCGAGAGCCCUUUGGGGUUCAUUAGCCUUGUGCUGAUCUCUUGGGAGUGGGAGGCCACAUUGCCUGGGACAUCUAAAAGCCAAUAGGGAGCCGGAACUGUGUUCUGGGACAGGCCAAAGGGUUUUGGUUCCAGAAGAGCCUGCAUCCGAGGAUGUGAUGCCAGUGAGUUAAGGGGAGGGGU